AUGACUGAAACCCAGCCUGAAAAUUUCAGCCAAAAGCCUAAAUUAGGCAUAUCUUCAAAAUUACGUCCGACAGCAAAAGAAUUUGUAUUUAAUACGGCAGCACCAGUCUGGACACCUUCGAGAAUACCAGUUACUUCAUCACCUCUACAUCCAAAUGGCAUACUUCAUGAAGUAUCAUCACCACCUGUUCCAAUGAAGAGUCAACUCAAACUAUCAGCAAAACCAUUUAUCCCUUCAUAUCAUGCACCUACAUUUGUGCCUGCAUCACUGAAGAUUCCAGUUGUAGAGAAGAAGAAUAUCAAGAUGAAGACAUUGGUGACUGGUGACAUGACGAGAACUAUUAUGACAGAUAGUAGCAGUAGUAGUACUACGUCUACUACUACUACUACUAUGUCUACUACUACUACUACACCUGCUGCUACUACUUUUGUGGAUGAUGAACAGAUGAAGACUAGUACUUUGGAGACAAAUUGGACACCAGCGACAUCUGUAGCGUCUUCAAGUUCCUCAGAAUCGGAACAGGAAGAGCACAAUCAUAUUGUGAAAGAGGAGAAAGUUAUUGACGUGGAGAUUCAGACGGAAAUGUCGGAACGUGAGGAAAUGCACAAGCAGCACAAGGUGGAUACUCCGACGAAGGCUCAGUUUAUUGACGAAGAGAGAAAAGAGAGUGAGAAACCGGAAGUUGUUGCUGAACAGGCGGUGAUCAGUGAACGUAUCAUGUACACCAUUAAACAGCUACUAGAGAUGGAACUUGACGUUGAAAUGUGCCCCAUGCCCGAGUGUAUUAAGAGCAGUAUAAUUGCAUCUGAAAUAACGACAAAGGCUCUUUCUGCCUCAAUGCCGGAUGCAUUAGGUACGGGUUUGCGUCGCAACGAUUCAUUUCGAUCUCUUGGUCGUCAUAACAGCAGUGGUAGCUUUAACGAUGGACGUGGACGCCGUGACGGUCGUGGUAGCAGUCGUGGAGGCCGUAGCGGUCGCGGUGGUCGUAGCCACCAGGACACAGCUCCUCCUCUUGAGGAUUGCGCUCCGCUUGAUAUUAAUGAAGAGACUCGUUGGAAGCCGUCACAUGCAAAGUCGCGUCUAGAUGACCCAGUUGAGACUACCGUUGCGUCUUUGAAAGAGGCGAAAGCCAUUUUGAACAAGCUGUCAAUUGAAAAGUUUGACAAGCUGUCGGAUCAGCUGAUUGAGGUUGCUGUGCGCGGACUAGAAGUUCUGAAGGGCGUAAUUGAGAUGGUCAUUGCUAAGGCACAGAAUGAAUGGCACUUUUCGACCAUGUAUGCUGAGUUGUGCGCCAAGAUUGCGCAGACUGCCAUGCCUGCGAUUACCCUUGAAGACAACGAAGUCGUGACGGACACACAUAAGCUUUUUCGCAAGCUGCUGCUGCUGCGUUGUCAAAAGGAGUUUGAGACAAAGCGUGACGUUGAGGACCUUGAAAAUUUGCGUGAGGAUGAGCGCCGGGAGAAGGAGUUGAUUAUAAAACGCGCUUCGUUGGGUCAUAUUCGCUUUGUUGGUGAGCUGUUCAAACAGCGUAUGCUGAGGUCGCGCAUCAUGCACGAGUGUGUCGGCAUUCUGUUUGGUGACAUUACGGCUCCCGAUGAAGAGUCACUUGAGUGCUUGUGCAACUUGCUGAGCACGAUUGGCCAGGCCUUUGAGAGCAACGUGUCCGCGAAGGCCGAGCUGAAUCGCAUUAACGGCUACUACGCUAUCAUAAAAAAACUGAGUGGAGAGUCGAAGCUGUUAUGCACUCGUGUGCGCUUUAUGCUUCAGGAUUUGUUGGAGCUGCGUUCAAACCGGUGGGUUGCACGUCGCAAAGAGACAAAGGCAAUGACUAUUGCUGAGGUGCAUGAAGAGGUUGCUCGUGAGGCAAAGGAGAAGGAACGUACGAACAGCAAAGGUGGUGGCCAGACCCGUCUGCAACGCAGCUAUUCGAUGAACUCUACAGGAUCAGUUAGCUCGAAUGACCGGCGGCGAGGCAGCGGUGGUGGUGCCUCUGCUGCCUGGAAAGCGCGAGCUGUGUCCACUUCUUCGUCGGCUUCCACAAGCACUGCUCCUGUUGUGGACGCAGACGGCUGGGAGACUGUAACGGGUGGUGCGCGUCCGAAGAGUAUGAAGCACCGCAGCAACUCGGACCGACUAUUCCCUCCUACCUUAUCUGGUGCACCUCGUCACCCGAGUGAUCACCUAAUUGGUAACGCCUUUGCAUCUCUGAGUGGAAAAGAAAAUGGACGCAAAGAGCGCGCUCGCAGCAACAGCUCCUCGUCCACAUCAUCUCGCUCAUUACGUGGACGUGAGGACGGUGGCCGCCCACCUACGUCAUUAUCUUCAAUGGCAUCGAGCAAUAGCCGAUCUACCAAGUCGGCAAAGGCAACCAAGGUUGAGGCUACUCUGUCCCUUACGGCUGAAGUUUUUGAAAAGAAGGUAAAAGCUAUUCUUGAUGAAUAUGUGGAGCUGGAGGACUUAGAAGAGGCUUACACGAGCUUUACCGAGCUGAAUGCGUCGAAUUACUACGGCCUGAUUCCUACUAAGGUUUUGAAUAUUGGUCUGGACAAGGGAGACAAGGAGCGAGAGGCUAUUGCAAGCUUCUUGGCUGGUCUGUAUGAUCGCAAGGUGGUGACUGGCGCUGCUUUGGGAAGCGCGGUGCAACAGAUGCUGGAGUUUGCUGAGGAUAUUGAAAUUGACAUUCCAAAGACGCUUCCCUACUUGAGCAUGAUGGUGGCUCCUUCUGUGGUGGCAGGCAGUAUCACGAUUCCGCAGCUUGUGUCAAUGUCGGAGCACUUGUGCUACAACGGCAAGGCAGCAAAGCUGAUUGGAUCGACCCUUGAGGCCAUUAUAUCGUGUGAGGACGAGAUAAAGGUGCAGGAGUUGCUUGCAUCGGACAGCGUCGACUUUAUGGCGCUGCUGGCUGAGAAGAAUCGUAACGAUGAGGCUGUACGAGCGUUUUACAAGGAUUAUUCGCUGGAGUUUCUCAUUUAG